CUGCUUGAUACGCAGAAUCUUUUGAGAGCUCAGAUUACAAAUUUUACUUUCAAUCUGGGAUUUUCAGGGAAAUUUUACCACACAGGAACUGAAGAGGAGGAUGAAGGUGAUGACCUGUUGUUGGGGUCUGUGGAUGAGUUCUGGUGGUUUCCCCAUAUGUGGAGUCACAUGCAGCCUCAUCUCUUCCAUAAUGAAUCGUCACUGGUGGAGCAGAUGAUUCUCAACAAAAAAUUUGCCUUAGAACAUGGCAUUCCAACUGACAUGGGCUAUGCGGUAGCGCCGCACCACUCCGGGGUUUACCCUGUACAUGUUCAGCUUUAUGAGGCCUGGAAAAAGGUCUGGAAUAUCAAAAUCACCAGCACAGAAGAGUAUCCACAUCUAAAACCUGCACGGUACAGACGGGGCUUCAUCCACAAAAAUAUCAUGGUCCUUCCUAGGCAAACCUGUGGUCUAUUCACUCAUACAAUUUUCUAUAAGGAGUAUCCUGGAGGUCCAAAAGAACUAGACAAGAGUAUCCAGGGAGGGGAGUUGUUUUUCACAGUUGUUCUUAAUCCAAUGAGCAUCUUCAUGACCCAUUUGUCCAACUAUGGGAAUGAUCGCCUGGGGUUGUAUACCUUUGUGAAUCUAGCCAACUUUGUUCAGAGCUGGACCAACCUGAAACUGCAAACUCUGCCUCCAGUCCAGCUGGCUCACAAGUACUUUGAGCUCUUUCCUGAGCAGAAGGACCCUCUCUGGCAGAAUCCCUGUGAUGAUAAGCGGCACAGAGAUAUCUGGUCUAAAGAAAAAACCUGUGAUCGAUUACCAAAAUUCUUGGUUAUAGGACCCCAAAAAACUGGUACCACAGCUUUGUAUUUGUUCCUGAUUAUGCAUCCUUCCAUCAUUAGUAACUCCCCCAGCCCAAAAACCUUUGAGGAGGUACAGUUCUUUAAUAGAAAUAACUACCACAGGGGGAUUGAUUGGUAUAUGGAUUUCUUCCCUGUACCAUCCAAUGUCAGCACUGACUUUCUCUUUGAAAAAAGUGCCAACUACUUCCAUUCUGAGGAAGCUCCCAAACGAGCAGCUUUCCUGAUCCCUAAGGCCAAGAUCAUCACCAUUCUCAUCGACCCAUCAGAUCGGGCAUACUCCUGGUAUCAGCAUCAGCGAUCUCAUGAAGACCUUGCAGCUCUAAAAUUUAGCUUCUAUCAGGUGAUCACAGCUGGACCUCGAGCCCCAUCAGAGCUUAGAGCUCUACAGAAGAGAUGUCUAGUACCUGGAUGGUAUGCCACCCAUAUAGAAAGAUGGCUAACUUAUUUCCCAACUUCUCAGUUGCUAAUUAUUGAUGGACAGCAGCUGAGAACUGACCCAGCUACCGUGAUGGAUGAAGUGCAGAAGUUUUUGGGAGUUUCUCCUCAUUAUAAUUACUCUGAAGCCCUAACGUUCGAUUCACAUAAAGGUUUCUGGUGUCAACUCCUGGAAGAAGGAAAAACCAAGUGUCUUGGAAAGAGCAAAGGCAGAAAAUACCCUCCUAUGGAUUCAGAGGGCUUUUCUGUCAAGCUACUACAGAGAUCACAAUGUGGAACUGUCAAAACUCCUGCACAAAUUGGGACAACCCCUGCCAUCAUGGCUGAGACAGGAACUACAGAAAGUGAGAUAGCAUUGAGAGGAAGCUUCUUGAAAUCUCUCUUCCACACUUCAGUCAUCUUACCUAAAGCCUUCAAUAGCUAUCAGAAGGCAGGUGUAAAAUAUACCUCUUCAAAAGAGAAUAAAAGAAUGAAGUUCUUUCCAUAUGCUGGCAUAUGGAUGGUGAAAAUGUUUGUGUCUCUUAGAACUCUGGAGGCCUGCAGGUUUUCUCUUCGGCAUUUCUGGGCCUAUGGAAUUGUUGUAAACUACUGUGCGCACAUGUGGAAGUCAAUAGUAACUGGUAAAGCUUUAAAAGCAAAGCUACACAACUGUCCAAUUUCAUAGUAAAUAUUUACACUUUUAUAUUCAAACUUAGGAGUGUUGUGUCUCAUGUAAGUUUUGUAGCCCAUUGUUUGCCUGCUCAUGAUUUUUCAUACUUUUUUAUUAUUAUGUGUCUUAUACAAAACAAAAAACAAAACUAAGAAACCCUAUAUAACACACAAUGGCCAGAUCUACUCCUGCCUUUGGAAUCUGCUUACCAAAUUUUGAACUUAAAAUAAAUGAACACAGUUGAGGAAUACAAACACAUGUUGCUUAGGUGUAAACAAUAGGACAAAAUAUGUAUUGUGAGCCAAAUCUUGAAGCCACAGGCUAAAACUCUGUAGCAAGAAAUGAUGUAAGAAAUAAGGCCCUGCUCCGUAAGGAGGAAACCAUAGUGUGCUGUGGAUCCCUUUCCAGUUCAGAAUCUAUGCUUUUAAGUACUGCAUCUCCAUACACAGUCUGCUGAAACAGCAACACAAAGGAAUAUAGACUAUUCUGAACAGAGACGACUAUAUGUUUAAGAAGAAAUCUAAUUAGAUAUAUGAAGCACAAAGUUAAAAAAUAAAUUUACAUUGUAAUAAUCUGAGUGUUAAACUUAUAUGACUGUGAACCAAACCAUAGCAAUGCAAUGAACAAAUGACUUGAGAUCUUUCACACCUAGCUCCUGUGAGUUAUGGGGCCUAGAUUCUGAUCGCACACUGCUGUAAAUGAGGAGUAACUCCAGUGAAAUCAGUAGACUUAUAUCAGCGAAAAACUGGUGUGAGAACAGAAACAGACCUAUAUUAAGAUUGCCUUAAUUUACAAUAUAUCUUGUCCUGGUUUUUGGUGUGUUGAAUUUUGUGUAUUUAUUUGAUGUGUGUUUCCCAAAACUCCUCUUAUACUGACUGAAAAGUGGUGAUAUCUCUCAAUGCCUUCUAAUUUAAUACAUGCAAGUUGCAAAAACAUACUUCUUUCCCCAGGGAGAUAUAUUUUUUAAAAGUUUUGUAAUUAAAUAAGUUAAAUAAAAAUUAAUACAGUGUGCAGUCAUGAUAUAGAAUUAGGUUCCAGUACUGCAAACACUUAAGUAUAUGUUUAAGUUUACACAGUGUGAGUACUCUCAGUUAAACAGCACGCCUACUUAAACAUGUGAGACCAGGGCAUAAUUAUUAAUACUUCAAAAAAUUAGGAAAGAGAUCAUUAAAAAUAUGAGCCAAAUUUAGCCCUCAUGUUACUCCACUGAAAUAUGGCUCAAUGUGUUUUAAAAAUGCCCAACAGCUAAUCAAUAAAUACCCAAAGUCAAAAAAUGGGCAUGGUAGGUUACCCCUGCUCCCUAUAUAUACUAUUGUUCCAAAUUUGAUGCUUGGUUCUGUAACUACAUUCCCAAUAUUUGCUUUAAAAUGAGCAGUUAAAAAGUACAUCAAAUGGUGGAAAGCUUUUCUAUGUUUGUCGUAAACCAUACAAUUUAAUUUUUAUGGUAAUGGAAUGGAAACCAGUUUAUUGUUCACUAAAUAGAAAACAGAUGUUGAGCUCCAUAUUGUAAUUCUAACUUGUAACUUAUUUUACUCAUGGACUUUGUCUUCGUAAUACGUAAUUCUGAUAGGCCUGUAAAGAAAAAUAUCUAGGCAAAUUUGCUGUGUAUAAAGAUAUACAUUAUUCAGAACAUUAUUGCAUAAAGGAGUAUGCAUGAUUAACAAAAAGGAUCUAGUAGAGUAGACAUUCUAUAAGUUGAACAUCACAAUUAUUUAUAGAAUGAAAAAAUCUUCUCACUUUCUGUCAUGUGCUUUAGGUCCAAAAUUUGACUUUUCUUAAAAUUCUUUUAAUUUAGUAAAAGAUGCCCUCUGGACUCUUAAUAACUACAAAAGAAAAAAUCCUUUGCAUGUGUAAACAGUUGAUGUGACUUGCAAAUGUCAGUAUGGAUUUGUAACAACUAAGAUGUUAAUGUUAAUCAGGAGGGAAAACACCUACGAUGAUGCUCUAGUAGCUCCACUGACUUCAAUAGGGUCCUUUCAUCCUUAGUGUACAACUGAUGUACCAUCACCAAAACAUUUUAAAAAAAAACAGAAAACACAUACUAUUUUGUAGGGACUGCACAAAGCUUGUGUUUUGUGCUCUGAUGCUACAGUUACUCUGCUCUCUUUAAAGCAGCAAUUACAUAAGCAUUUUGGAGCCAGAUCAUGCUCCCAAGAUUGCUAUGAAGCUCCAUUUCAUCCCAAUUAUCAGGAGGUGUGGGGACUGUCAGGGGCACAGAGCACAGGAUCUCAGUGGGAGUGGAGUUGAUUUCAGUGGGAGUUCUGCCUGAGUAAAUACUAUAAACAGAAGUAUUUGGCCUUUUGUUCUCAGAAUUGUGCAUUGCACAGGGCCUGAUCCUGAAACCCUUAUUGUUCAAAACUCCUGUUUUGACAAUGCCUGAGAAAAGUUCACAGGAUCAAGCUCUUUAGCAUCAGCAUCUCCAGAUAGCCUUAACUUCUUGUGCACUAGAAAUAUUAUUGUGACACUUAAAAACAGUGGAUAGUAAAGGCAAAUUGAUAGUGUUUUUUGAGUUUACAAAGGUAUUUACUGCUGAUUUGCAGUGAAAUUUUUUGUAUGAGCCCUAAAAGAGAAUACAUGCACCUACCUAUAGUUUUUCCUCCAAAAUAUUCUGUUAAAAUGUUUUUACAAUAUUCAGCAAAAGCCUGUAAAAAAAAAAAAAAGUAAAAACUACAUUUAUUCAGGACCAACCAAGUUAGUUAUGAACAAGGAGACUCAGCAAGGCAUGCAGACUCCAGACUUUAUGUCAGAGGUUCUCAAACUUUCGUACUGGUGACCCCUU